AUGCAGGAUCCACCCUACCUACCAGCAGCCGAAAGGCUCACUCGACUGGUUCCAGCAUCGGAGAGGGUAGAGGCAGCGAAGGACCAAGCCUCCGGCACCUUUCCCUUGCUGAAGGUGUCGCCUCCGAUACCUGUUGGCCGUCUUGCCGGACGGUUCAAGGUGCAACUUUGGCGGGCGAGCCCUGAGCACAAGCUGAACCUCAUCGUCGGACCAGGUUCCCAGAGCGAUGUGGUUGUGAUGGUGGAUGCAAGUCAUUUGGGCAUCUACCAAGGGGAUGAGGUACUCAGCGUCAAUGACGUGUCUGUACAAGGCUUUCGUCAUUUCACUGAGCUUCUCGACUCCUGCGGACACAGUCUAGAGAUCCAGUUCUACCACAAGGAGCCACCGAUCCCCACCCUUGUGCACGAGGAUGACUUGCUUGAGAUGUGCUGCGGGCCAACUUUCUGCGUGCCACAGACCAUGCCGGUGUGGUGCGACUAUUUCUACAACCCUCCGGAACCGAGGUGCCGUGCUGAGUCCUGGACGCAGCGCGAGGUCCUGAGUGCCUCCAUGGCUGCGAGCGUGGGGGGUUCCGUCUUUCGACUUGAGAUGCACCGGACAUCCAUGAAGCAGCCCUUUGGCCUCCCACUUGGAGUGGUCAGCCAACCGCCUGAGCCCUCCGAGCCCUCCAACGUGGCCUCUGAGGACCUUCUACUGACGACUCCAAGGGGCAAACGGCUGUGCAUCACCGAAAGCUUCUACUCGGACCGGGAUGUCUGGGACACCGACAGCGGGCAUCGCCUCGAGGAGGACGAGGAGGAAAGUCACUACCAUUUAGCCAGCCUUCGAGGGCCCGUGGUGGUCUUGCAGACCGUUCCGUUGCUGAGCCUCUUCCCGGGCGAUGAGUUGCUCAGGAUCAACGGAGUGGAGAUAUCCGAUCUUUGCAGCUGUAAGGCAGCAAUGAAGUCUGCCAUCCACCUCACGCUGGACUUUCGCAGACCGGAGGUGGUGCCACGGAGCCUCUGCGGAAGUGAGGUCUCGUCACCAGCCAUGGCCAUGCUGAUCAAAACCUCUCGACGAAGCGACGAUUGGAAUUCUGCUAGCUCGACGAAAGACUGCAGCCGCGAGGCCGUUUCGGAGGAAAGCUGGUACAGCAGCUUGUUCUUGAAGCUGAGCUGCAACGAUGUCGCUCGACAAGCGGCAGAUAGCUCUUCCGCAAUCGAGGUGCAGAGGAGUUUCGAUGCACACGAUGUCCAGGAAGCGGUCACAAUCUGA